AUGUAACCAUAAUCUAAAUAGUAGGCAAAGGAGGAGGAAUAGAAGAAGAUGGAAAAUCACAUUUUGGAGAGGUUUGAAUUGCUGGAAUUCAAGGGGAAAGGAGCAUAUGGAGUAGUUUGGAAAGCUCUUGAUCGCAAGACCAAUUAGGUAGUAGCACUCAAGAAAGUAAAUGCUAUUAAUAGGAUUUAGAUUUUUGAUGCUUUUCAUAAUGACACUGAUUCGUAGAGAACAUUUAGGGAGGUGAUCUUCUUGGAGCAACUCAGGAAUCAUGAAAACAUAAUCAGAUUGACAUCUGUCAUAAAGGCAGAGAACAAUAAAGAUUUGUAUAUGGUAUUCGAUUACAUGGAGACGGAUGUGCACAAUGUAUGUAUGCUUGUUAGAGAACUAGGUGAUACGAGGAGAUAUUCUGCAAUCCCUUCAUAAAAAAUAUAUAGUUUAUCAAGUGUUGAAGGGUUUAAAAUAUUUACACUCUGGCCAAGUAAUCCAUAGAGAUUUGAAACCUUCGAAUUUGUUGAUCAAUUCAGAAUGCAAAGUCAAAAUAGCAGAUUUUGGAUUGGCCAGAAGUGUAGCCAAGCCAGAUGACGACUCGAAUCCGAUACUCACUGAAAGUGUAGCCACCAGGUGGUAUAGAGCCCCUGAGAUAUUGUUUGGAUCUUAGCUUUAUUCUAAGGCAGUUGACAUUUGGAGUUUGGGAUGCAUCGUGGGAGAAAUGUUAUUAGGAAAAGCCAUCUUCCCAGGGAGCUCCAAUUUCAAUUAGAUUGAAAAGAUAAUAGAACUCUUAGGACAACCUACUCAAGAAGAUCUAGAAGCCUUAGAUGCUCCGAUGGCAUAACAGAUUAUGCAGAGCAUAAAAAUUAGGUAGAGGAGUAGUUUUGUCUAAGCCUUUCCAACUGCUACUGAGGAUGCUAUUGAUUUUCUCAAGUAAAUUAGCAUGUAUAUAUCUUUGCAGGAAGACUCUGGUCUACAAUCCAAACAAGAGAAUGACAGUGGAGCAGGCAUUGGAACAUAUUUAUGUCAGAGAGUUUAAGAAUAAAGAGGUGGAGUCUAAAAGAGGUAUAAUUAUUCAUGGUAUAAGUGGUAGAUACACCACUGGAAACAUUGAUGGAUGACAAUCGCAAGUAUUCAACGAAGGAUUAUCAGAAUGUUCUGUACAGUCGCAUAGAUUAAAGAAGGAGAAUUGAAUAGAAACAAAAGAUCAUUAAAAGUCAGAACAAUAGUGUGAAUACAAGUAUUGACAAGUCCUCAUCUCCGACUAAGAAGGAGUCUUCCACUGCAAAGAAGGAUCCUGAGAAAUCCAAAAUAAUAGAAAAUGAUGUUCAACAGCCUCAGAGAGGUCUACAUUGGAAAUCUCAGUCUUACUCUUAAGGUUAGUUUAUGAGGAGAACUGCUUCAUAGGAGGAUAUUUAGUUUUAGGUCUCGAUGUAUCAAAGUCCAACUUAAAAGAAGCAACAGUAGAUGUUCCCAACUGUAGAUUCCAAUAGUCCGAUGAACAAAGGGUGUAGGAGAUCUUCUUUGGACAAGAAGUUGCUGAGCACCUUGACUGCUACUUUGCAGAGCACUCUAUCUCAACAGUAGUUUUCAAGAAAAGGAAUGUAAGCUUCAAUAUCUAAAUCGAAUGUUUUCAAUAAAUCAAUGAACACACAAUAUAAUGCAUUGUUUCACAAAAAGAAAUGAACUUGAUAUUUUACAUAUAUCUAUAUAAGAUAUUAAAAU